AUGCCCGAAUUCACAGUAUCCGAUGGCGACUUGGCCCCGUUGAACGUGAAAGAGCUGCUCGCAGCCGGAGCAAAGGUCGUUGGAGGAGAUUUGUCUGAGCCGAAGUCCGCUGUUGACAGUCAGGACUUUGAAUUUGUCCAGGCCAACGUGACUGACUGGAAGGCAUUGUGCAAUCUCUUCAAGAAGGCUGUAAGCAGGUUCGGGCACAUCGAUCAUGUGUUCGCGAACGCUGGCAUUGCCCAUCAGAUGGACUUGCUCUCAGAUGAGUUCGAUGAGGAUGGCGAGCUCAAACGGCCAAAUCACAUCGUUCUCGAUGUGAACCUUGCAGCCGUCGUUGACACCGUCAAGCUAGGACUCCAUUAUAUCCGGAAAAACCCCAGCGGUGGCAGCAUUGUAGUGACAGCGUCGGCCUCUUCGUACCAGCGGUAUCCCUGCUACGACUACACAUCUGCGAAGCACGGUGUGCAUGGUCUGGUCCGGGGGCUGGUCUCUGAGAUUGGACCCGAAACAGACAUUCCUGUCCGCCUCAAUGGCAUCGCACCGAGCUGGACUAUUACUGGGCUUGUGAAUGAAGCCCUUUGUGCCAAGGCAGGGGUUCCAGCGCAGGGACCUGAGAUUGCAGCACGAUCAGCCCUUAUUCUCAUGGCCGACAGUUCCCGACACGGCGAGAUAAUCCAUUCAUCCCAGGGAAAAUAUUUUGAGCUCGAAUCGCAUCUGCUCAGGGCUACGAAUGAUAUUCUACAAGAGGCACCGACAGUUGAACCGGUAACGAGAUCACUUUCAGAUGAAUAUCGAGCAAUAUUUGCAGCGUUCCAGAAGGAACAGUAG